AUGGACGACGACAACUCCUAUUCAACGGAACUGUUCGAAGAGAUGAGCAAAAUUGAAAGGGGUCGCGUAGGCGUCUGGCCUGUAGGCUUGGUUGGAGGUCUGAUGGUGGAGCGACCCCUGCUCAACGAGGAUGGUAGCCACGUGACUGGAUUCAAUGCUGCAUGGCGACCGGAAAGACCAUUCCCCAUCGACAUGGCCGCCUUUGCCAUUAGCAUGGAUCUCUUUAUUCGGAAUCCGCAAGCCAUGUUCUCAUAUGAGGUGCAAAGGGGCUAUCAGGAGAGCGAGAUACUAAGGCAUCUGACCACCAGAGAUCAGCUGCAACCGCUGGCAAACGGAUGCAAGGAUGUCCUUGUUUGGCAUACCCGCACCGAGAAGACCAAACUAAAUGCUGAGGAGGCCCUCUUAAAGAAGGGCCAGCGAUCCGAUGGCGGUAUGGAGGUCUAA